CAUGCAAAUGAGCGGAUCCAGAGCAGGGUUUGCGGGCAGCCAUUGGCCAAUCAGUGCAUUAAGAGUAGCUGAGCCCCCGGCAGCCAAUCCAGUCGCUCACUGGCUGGAACACGUGGAAGAGAGGGCUCAGGAGCUGUGCCCAUCACUCAGAGACUUACUGCUGCCCUGAGCCGGGAGAGACUGAUGUGCUGGGAUCCUCUCCCUCCCUCCCACUCACCCAGCCGGCAGCCGGCCACUAGCAGCCAUGAGCUCUCACUACCCAGAGGAGACUUCUGAGAGGCCGGAAUGUAAAAGUAAAUCUCCCACCCUGCUCUCUUCCUACUGCAUAGACAGCAUCCUGGGCAGGAGGAGCCCCUGCAAGAUGAGACUGCUGGGCGCCCAGAGCCUGCCCUCCCUGGCACACCGGCUGGAUCCAGACAAAACUUUGGAAGGGUCACCUAAGGGCAAUGCUGCAUUUGAGGCCGAUUUGCACCUGCCCCCCAAGCUGAGGAGACUGUAUGGCCCUGUGGGGGGCAGUGGCAGGAUACACCUCCAGGCUGUUGCUGAUGCCAGAUCGGGGGUACCUCGUUCAGAAAAGACUGAUCGCAUUUUACUUUUGGGGGGAGCAGGGGAAAAUACCUGGGACAAUCACAGUCUAAAGAUCAGCCAGGCCCCACAGGUCAGCAUCAGCCGCAGCAAGUCCUACAGGGAGAACAGCGCCCCCCUGCUGCGAGAGGAGCACAGUCCAGAGGGUCUCCUGCAACAGUCGCAGCAGCAGAUCCAGACCAGUGCAACCACCGCAUGUACCUCCUUACAGGACAGACUCGGGGCCCUUUCCCAGAGUCCCAGGGAUGAGGAUGAUGACGAUGAGGAGGACGAGGACGAGGAAGAGGAGGAGGAAGAAGAAGACGAAGCAAACAAACAGCAUAACCCCAAUAACUCCAGCAACCCCAACAGGGCGCAUCUACAAGAGCAGCAGCACCCACAGUUCCAGUCGCAGCAGUCGCAGCAGCAGCAGCCUCCCCCCGGGUGCGGCACUGACGCAGAGCUGUCCCCUAAGGAGGAACUCAUGCUGCACUCCUCAGAUGCUGAUGGCAAAGACGGAGAGGAUAGUGUGUGUCUGUCUGCGGGCAGCGACUCGGAGGAGGGCAUGCUAAAGCGCAAGCAGCGGAGGUACCGCACCACCUUUACCAGUUACCAACUGGAGGAGCUGGAGAGGGCCUUCCAGAAAACUCACUAUCCUGAUGUCUUCACCAGAGAGGAGCUAGCGAUGCGCCUGGAUCUGACAGAGGCCAGAGUGCAGGUUUGGUUCCAGAAUCGCAGGGCGAAAUGGAGAAAGAGGGAAAAGGCAGGAGCUCAGACACACGCUCCGGGUCUCCCUUUCCCCGGGCCCCUGUCAGCCAGUCACCCCUUGGGCCCCUACCUGGAUGCCAGCCCCUUCCCUCCCCACCAUCCUGCGUUGGACUCUGCUUGGACCGCUGCAGCCGCCGCAGCCGCCGCUGCCUUCCCCAGUCUGCCUCCCCCACCGCACGGCUCUGCAGCUCUGCCUCCCAGUGGCUCUCCGCUAGGGCUCAGCACCUUCCUGGGGGCAGCAGUGUUUCGGCACCCAGCCUUCAUCAGCCCGGCCUUCGGCAGACUUUUCUCCACUAUGGCUCCUUUAACCAGUGCUUCCACCGCUGCAGCUCUCCUUAGACAGCCCAGUCCUGCAGUGGAGAGCUCAGUGCAAUCGAGUGGGCUCUCAGACCCAGUCACAGCUGCAGCUGACAGAAGGGCCUCCAGUAUAGCAGCUCUCAGGCUAAAAGCUAAGGAGCACGCGGCUCAGCUCACACAGCUCAACAUCAUCCCUGGAAACAGCGCCGGGAAAGAGGUGUGCUGAGCCGAGGGAGCCCUACCAACACCCCUACCGAGACCAAAUGGAAUGGAAGCAAAUCCAAUAUGGACCAGUGACUGUCGGACCCUGGGUGUCCUGCUCGAAGAUUCAGAUUAUCCUUGUCAGUCCAGACACUGGAUGCCUUGCAGUAAUAAUGAGUGUAAUGUUUAUGCAGAUAUUGCUCAGCAUAGCCUUGGCUUAUAGUCAGGAGUAAAUCCCUUACAAAUGUGCACACUGCAUAUUUAACACAAAAUUUUCAUUCAUAUUCAUUAAAAAAAAAAGCAUCCUCCUUUUGGUUAUGCAUAGGGUCCUUAUUCACAUGGAACAUUCCCUCAAUGCUUAACCGCACUGCCAAUCCUCAGACCCCCCCCCCCAGUCUGGAAUUGGAUCUGCUAUGGGUUACACACUGAAUGAAUGGACGCAGACAUAAACCCAGGCGGAAAAGAGAGUCAGUGCACUUAAAAGAUCCGAGUAUCUUUUUCUUUCUCUUGAUUUCUUUGUCCAACACGAACCAAGGUUGUUUUUUUUUUAUACCAAACCAAAGGGAAACGAACUGUCAGAUUAACAGACUGUUUGAGUCACUAAACUGUGAUUAUUGCUCCUGUAUAUAACAUUGUUAUUAAAAAUAAUAAUAAUAAUAAU